AUGGAAGGAGAGAAAUCAGGAGUGAUUCCUCAGUUUGUGGUGGUGUUCGGAACUGGAGACUGGGAUUUGGGAGGUAUAGGAGUCGUCAUCAGCAUCUCAAUGCAUCGACACCCAUAUCGCUUGAUAACAUCACCUUGUUUAAGAACGAAGGGGGACUGGACGGGCCUGGGACCAAGAGCUAGAACAUACAGGCUCAUCAAUGGAGGGACAAUGAAGGAGAGAUCCACAAAAGAGGUGGAGGGUGGUGCCUGCAAGGGAGGGGCCAAGGAGGGCACAUCUGUGGGAGACUGGGGAGGUUGCUUCUUGGGAUCAGCAAAGCAGGGGGCGGGGGGUGGUGGAGAGCAGGCCCCCAUCCAAAUCCAGAGCCCUUGCCUCACCUCCCCAGGCCCAGGCUCCCUGAGGUGUCCAGUCUGCUUGUCUACAGAAGACUGUGAGUCUGCCACAGAGCUGAUGUGCCCGGCCUGGAGCACACACUGCUACCAGGGGGCAAUCCAGCUCAGGGGAGGGAAUAUCUUCAGCAUUCUGAGAGUCCAAGGAUGCACGGCCCAACCAGGCUGCAACCUGCUCAAUGGGACUCAGAAAAUUGGGCCCAUCGAAAUGAGUGAGGACUGCAGCCCUAGAGUAUCAAAGAGCAAUUUUCCGACCUGUGAACGGGGGGUCACACUGUACAGCGAUCAAGACCUGUCUCAGAUACCCCGCAAGUGGAACACAGAUCACUACGAGUUUUGUAAAGUUGGGGAGGUGUGUCAGGAGACCCUUCUGCUCGUUGAUGUAGGACAAAAAUCAAUCAUAGUUGGAAGCAAAGGCUGCAGCAAGGAGAAGACGCAGGAUGCCCCGACCAUCACCGUAUACUCGGGGCCCCCCGGAGUGCUGGUGGCCUCCUAUGCCCAUUUCUGCUCCUCCAACAGGUGCAACAGGGCCAGCAAUACCAACGUCCUGUUACAGUCUCUCCCUCUUCCGGCUGCUCCUGCCCCAGGAAACUUGCAGUGUCCCGUCUGUGUGAAUCUCUUUGGAUCCUGCCCAGAAAACCCAGAAAAUGUUAUGUGCCCCAUUGGCACCACUCAUUGUUACAGUGGUUACAUUAUGAUCCGGGAAGGUGGGGUAUACUCCAACUUGAAUAUUCAGGGCUGUGUGACCCAAGCUUCCAGCUCCUUGCUGAAUCAUGCACAGAAAAUCGGGGUCUUCUCGGUGACUGAGAACUCUGAAGAAGAGUCGGUGACUGAGAAUGAGAACCUUAUUCUCCAAGCUGGAGCAGCCCCUGUGCCCUUACUGGCUUGGGUGGUGGGGCUUGGGCUAUCCCUAGCCCUCUGGUGUGAGAUACCUCACUGCUGACCCCAUUUCCCUAUGAUUCUUAGCUCCUUGCUGACGCCCUACCCAGCCUUUCUUUUGGCCUCGUAAACAAACAGCC